ACCCACACUCUUUAUAUUCCAGCACUAUCCCUUCUUCCUGUAUCAUUCAUUCUACAGGCUUGAGGUCUUAACAGUCAUUCAUUCAUUGCACCCUUCACAAAGACAUCCUUGUCUUUAACAGUCAUUUCGACCGACCUUCUUUGUCACCACGACAACUCACAACGCUCACUUGAACUGCUAGCCGGUUCACCAGUCAACUUAAAGACCUCACCAAAUCCAAGCUCUCUAGCACUUUUCAUCACAAUCAACCCGUCAAAAUGAAGACUUCCGCCGUUAUCGCUUCCCUCCUCUUCGGCUCUGUAGCCGUUGCCGCACCUUUCGACAGACGCGCCCUCGUCUACAAGUACGAGACCGUCGUAGAGACUGUUAUUGUCUAUACUACAGUCUACGGCGAUGUGCCAACUUCUACGUCUGCCAGCCCUGCUGCAUCCACCUCUUCGGCCGCUGCCACCACCACCACCACCACCGGUGCCGGCGAGUUCUACCAACAGCCUAAGCCAGCCAGCUCUCCUCCAGCCAAGGCCGUUUCCUCUGCAUCUGCUCCCCCGGCCUACACUCCUCCGGCCUACACUCCUCCUGUCGAGACUCCUGUUGUCGAGACUCCCACUUCCACCAGCACUCCCACUCCUACCCCGACUCCUGCUCCUGCGCCUGAGACUUCCGCAGAGCCCGCACCUGCACCUGCCCCGACACCAAGCCCUGUCGAGGCUCCUGCCCCUCCUGCCUACACUCCUUCUCCAGCGCCAGCUCCUUCACCUUCCCCAGCUCCUGCCCCGGCUCCUGCGCCUGCUCCUGCUCCAGCACCUGAAGCAAGCCCUGAGGCCCCCGCACCAGCCUACUCCGCUCCCGCCCAGUCAAACUCUUAUGCCUCCGGUAUGUCUGCCGGCAGCUUGUUCAACGAUGUCGACAUCACUGUCUACGACAACACUGGUGCAGCAGGUGCUUGCGGUGAGGCCCUUUACGACGACGACGUUGUUGUUGCCAUCGCUCAGGGUGCCUGGAACGAGAUGGGUGGCUCUACCUACAACAGCCAGACCGGCGCUGCCACCAACCCAUGGUGCGGAAAGAAGGUCAAGGUCAACUACAACGGCGGAUCUGUCGUCGCUACCAUCAUGGACCUCUGCCCCGGCUGCAAGGGAACCUACGACGUCGACCUUUCCCGUGGCGCCUGGAAGGCACUUGGCAUCGAGGAGACCACCCGCCUCAAGGCUUCAUGGACUCUUCUCUAAGCGCUCCCUUCAACCUCUCAACGCUAUGAUACAUAUACCCAAGAUCUCCUAUCUAGCUAGCGCAGGCCGGGUCAGCGCUUUGCACGACCAAGUUACGACAUGUUUUCUUUCGCAUCAGGCAGGACCGGUGAAUGGAGUCAUCAAACAUUACAUACACGCCCUCAAGAGUUGCAUUGUUUGUGGGCUCUCUGCUUUUUGGAAUUUGGUCCUCGCUCUGGAGGGCUGGUUCUCUUUUCUCUUCUUGUCACUCGUUGACCAUUAUGCUACCGUGUACGCACCGGGCAUUUGGUCUUACCAUUCUACUUCACACUUCAUUGUACAGAUACCUAGGGUUGGUGUAUGGGUUCACCUACCGCGAUACCCAUGUGCCAGGGAAAUGGACACGGAUAGUUAGCUGAAGAAAAUACAUUAUGCACUGCAAAUAUC